GAAGCGGCGCGGCUGGGUGGGAGUCCCGAAGCGGGAGUCGCGGACCGUGCGGCCGCCGCCAUGCCGUCAUCGCCGCUGCGGGUGGCGGUGGUGUGCUCGAGCAACCAGAACCGGAGCAUGGAGGCGCACAACAUCCUCAGGAGGCAGAACUAAGACCAGAAGGCUUGGUUGGAAGAAGGUAGAUUUCUGUUUGGAUGUGAACAUUGAGACGAAACUGGGUAGACCAAGCAUGGUAUCAGUUCCAGCAGCUAAAACAUUUUCCCCUGCCUUAAGGAUCAUCAUCUCCAACCUUCUGUAGAGCACAGGCUCCGGACGCGCAGUCUCAGCGGCCAUGGCUCACGGGCCCAGCCGCUCCGCGGCAUGUGGGAUCUUCCCGGACCGGGGCACGAACCUGUGUCCUCUGCAUCGGCAGGCGGACUCUCAACCACUGCGCCACCAGGGAAGCCCUGGGUGUUUUCUUGAUUGCAAACGAGGAUUCAGCGUCCGGUCCUUUGGAACAGGAACUCAUGUGAAGCUUCCAGGACCAGCACCCGACAAGCCAAACGUUUAUGAUUUCAAAACCACAUAUGACCAGAUGUACAACGAUCUCCUUAGGAAAGACAAAGAACUCUACACGCAGAAUGGCAUUUUACACAUGCUGGACAGAAAUAAGAGGAUCAAGCCCCGGCCAGAAAGGUUCCAGAACUGCAAAGAUCUGUUUGAUCUGAUCCUCACCUGUGAAGAGCGGGUGUACGACCAGGUGGUGGAAGAUCUGAAUUCUAGGGAGCAGGAGACAUGCCAGCCUGUGCAUGUGAUCAACGUGGACAUCCAGGACAACCACGAAGAGGCCACCCUGGGGGCGUUCCUCAUCUGUGAGCUCUGCCAGUGCAUCCAGCACACGGAGGACAUGGAGAACGAGAUUGACGAGCUGCUGCAGGAGUUUGAGGAGAAGAGCGGCAGGACCUUCCUGCACACCGUCUGCUUCUACUGAUGGCCCCCGCCCGCCUGGAGCCACCUUGCUGAGCUUCCUUUUGUUAAUACUUCUUCCUUCCUGAUAUUUGUUUUUACCUUUAGGUAUUCUGCCGAUGGACGGACGGUAGCAGUGCCCAAAUAAACUGUACAUAUGAAAUGAGAAGAUAUACAUAAAUGCCAGAUUACAAUCAAGUGUUUCCCAUCCCACUUUUACUUAUGAGUGGGAUAUUGAUUAUAGUUUUUUUUCUUUAACCAAAAAAGAAAAAAACGGUUGAUAGCACAUUUCCCCCCAGCCAUCUGCCUCUCACUGAGCACCCCUUUCCCGUCUCCCCUAACUGGCUGCAAUGUACAAAUCCCUGAAUAAAGCAACAGGCUGUACUUUUUGGGAAAGAA